CUGAGCUUUCCGCGAUCCGAGUCCGACUUUGAUGUGAUCAACAAUUGAUUUUCUGCAGCGACAUAGUCUUCAAAAAUGUAAAUGUUAGAUCUUGUCUCUGUAGUUGUAUGACCUUCCCAAAAACGUGAACGGAUUGAUAGUGACUCGAUGCAUUUUCUAUUGCUUGUUGUACAACUUUUUUUUUGUGUUUAAUGGCACCGCGCCGAGCUUCUCAACACUAGCUGCUCAGACUUACUCGAAAGGCAGACUGUCAUAUUUUUCAAAUAAACAAAGCAACUGAGUAGAAAUUCCGCUAAAGUCUCUUCUUGAUGAACGAAUAGUGUGUGUCUUUAAGGAUUUCGGAAUACGAUUUUUUUUUGCUAUGGGCGACAAUCAAAUUAAUUGAAAUAUUCUAGAUCAAUUCCGAGUCUUGAAAUGGCGCGACCGAAGACAAAGCCUUUGCCAGGUCGGCAGCUUGCGGUAAUGGCCGCCGGUGUUGGGAUCCUGGUGCAUGCCGGAUAUGUCAUACUUGAACUCAGAAAAAAUGCAGCACACACCGUGGAAAGCAUACCUCUCCUGGUAAGUAGAAUCACAAACUCUAUUGUCCACGCAUCUUGUACAUGCUGUAAUAUAUGUAUUUAAAAAAGGGAAAAAAAUAGGGUAUAGUCUCUGUGAGUUGAUAUGCGAUUGUGUUGCAGACGCAUUUGCUUUUGCUUACACUUUUUUUUAAUCAUAUCUCGCACCUCAUGUAGAUAUAAGUGUGCGGCGCAAUAACAAACAAUAAGCAUAUAAUUGGCACCAGUUUAUGCAGUUGCUCCUUGUGGUUGCGCCAGCUCAUUUUAUUUCGCGCAUUUUGAUGGUCAACACAUACACAGGUGGUCGCCUGGAUUUUUCUCGGCGCAUUGUUAAGCCUUUUCGGCAGUAUUGGCAGAUUUGAACCCAUACGCGUGAGCGACGCACCGAAGCCGACCUGGGAUGCGCAACACAUCCGAAAUGACUUCAUCAUGUACCAGUCCAGAGCCCCCGCAUUGUGCGCAUUUAUAGAGGAGAAGACUGCCCUACCACCAAAUGUGGCGCACGCAUCUGCCACUGGCGGGGACGCAGGAGAAGAGGCAACAAGUGCGAUGGACGUGGAACUCACUGAAACGAGUAAAACCAAAUAAAAAUCGAUUGAGAAUAGAAUGUUGCAGCCCGUCUGAAUCACAUCUAGUUGUCUCUCUGUAUAAAACGACCAGCGACCACAAGGAAGCGCAGCGCCCUCGGAGAACUUUUCUUCUCUGAUGUUUUACAAAGAAACCUGACCACGCCUUCCGCACAAAGAACCACGGCGACACAAAAAAUCUUUACGCGUCAUCGAGGUCGAUCCUUCGCUGAAAUCUUACAGAUGCCAGAAGUCAGAGAAGGAAGCCUGAAGCGAAGGCCUACCGAUCAAUUCAGAUCUCGCUGUGUAGUUAGCGCUUUUGAGCUUCUGCGCACGGCCUGUAACACGAGCACGAGGACUAAGACUGUAUUUGUACAGGAU